UCGCUGUCUCGCGGUGGUCUGUUCAGUUUGAGUUAGGACGGUGCGUUCGGUUUUGUAAGGUGUGGCUGUGGCCAACACCCGCUAUUAUUAAGUCUUUGAAGAAAACGCUAUAAUAUUAACAAUUUAAUUUUCAGGCGUGCGUGGGAAGUAAAGUGCAGUUAUUUUUACUACAAAGCACAUCCUUCCUAAAUGACAUAGGGAAAGUACUAUCAUCUAGGCGACUUUGUAAACCCCAAAUAUGCCCAUAUUUAACACCGAACACCGAGGAGGACAGCGUGAAUCUCUCUUCAGGACAGAUGAAGCUGGUUAUUUAGGAGCUAAUCACGUUAUAUUUUAGUGCCACCAUGUUAACUGGUGGUCGUUAUAAAAAACCGACGGCUUAAGUCGUCGCUCCUUCCAGGCGUCCAGCGCUUUAAACAGCUGGGCACCCUGCGCAAAACGUACCAUUUAAUUAUAAUAUGUUAUCUGCCUUGAGUUAUCAGGCAAUUAAGAUCUUCUUCAGUUAAUCAUCUUGAAUAAUUUUGUUUAGCAAAUAGCUGAAAAAAAUCCCGAAAACGAAAGUUACUUAUUUAAUGGAAAGGCUACCUGCCUGGGGAUCGGCUAGAUUUAUUUCAGUGAAGUGACACCGUAGCCGCCCACCCCGACGAUGGCAGGAUGCACGCAAGUGGCGACAGCAACAACACAGGCAAGAGAAUAAGAAGCAGCGCCGCUCAUCUCACUCUCCUCACUGGAGGCCCCGCCUCUCCUUUCCUGCGCGGGUCUUCCGAUCGGUAGACCAGCUCGCCUCUGGAGUCCUGGAAGCACGGCAUCAGGUCCCAGGGGCAAUAUAACUGACCGCUAGCUGAAACCAAAGGCUGACUUAAGUGAAGAGGUCAGCAACUGGCAGUGCUGGAUGAAUCAUCAGCGUCGGCUGUGCGGCCCACGACCCGCUGGUACCUACAGGGUUUUAUUUAUAGAUUUGCUGCUCUGCAUCUUCCCCAUUGUUCUUCAUAAUUAGCCAUCCCAUGGGAUCAUUCCUGCACAUUUUCCUCCCGACCCCCUUGGAGACUGAGAAAGAAAAGAUUGUCGACAUUGAUGACUGACGAAACGGAUGAAAAAAGACCUUGAUAUCCCAAAGGAUGUCAGCAGAGUGGCAACUCAAAUGCUUUUUCAUUGCUGACACCAUAUUUUAUGGGAAACUUCAUCCAGAUUCAUUUUCAAAGGCAGCCUACCACCAUAUCAGAGAUGGCCUACUUAAAUCUCUCCUAGGUGAUCGGCCUCUCGAGGAGGACGGGAAGGAGAAAGUGAGCCAUUAGGAAACUCUGUACAUCAACUGAGACGCCGCCUGGCCCGAGACAGGAACCCCCGGAGCUCACGUGCCGGACACCGCUGAAUUUGAAGCCUCCUACCGGCUGCCCAGUGCCACCAUGAGCCGAAGGGAAGCCAUGACGGCCCCCCAGGUCCCCACCGGCACCCCCACGGCUGGUGUCAACGCCACCGCACCCCCAGGCCUGGGCCCCAAGGAUGAGGCCUUCUCAAAGCUGAAGAACAAGUUCAUGAACGAGCUUAAGAAAAUCCCACUGCCAUCAUGGGCCAUCGUUGCCAUCGCCCUGGUCGCCAUCCUCCUCAUCCUCACCUGCUGCUUCUGCCUCUGCAAGAAGUGCAUCUUCAAGAAGAAGAACAAGAAAAAAGGCAAGGAGAAGGGCGGCAAGAAUGCCAUCAACAUGAAGGACGUCAUAGAAGGCACCAAGAUGGAGGCCUUGAAGGAUGAGGAUGAUGCAGAGACAGGGCUGACGGAUGGGGAGAAAGAGGAGGAGCCUAAGGAGACGGAGAAACUGGGCAAAUUGCAGUACUCCAUGGAUUACAAUUUCACUGAGAACCAGCUCAUAGUGGGGAUCAUCCAGGCGGCCGAGCUGCCCGCCAUGGACAUGGGGGGCACCUCUGAUCCCUACGUUAAGGUCUACCUGCUGCCUGACAAGAAGAAGAAGUUUGAGACGAAGGUUCACAGGAAGACGCUGAACCCCUGCUUUAACGAGCAGUUCAUCUUCAAGGUGCCCUACACCGAGCUGGGGGGCAAGACGCUGGUGAUGACGGUCUACGACUUCGACCGCUUCUCCAAGCACGACGCCAUCGGCGACGUCAGGGUACCCAUGAACAAGGUGGACUUCAGCCACGUGACGGAGGAGUGGCGCGACCUGCUGAGCGCUGAGAAGGAGGAGCAAGAGAAGCUGGGUGACAUCUGCUUCUCCCUGCGCUACGUGCCCACGGCCGGCAAGCUGACCGUCGUCAUUCUGGAGGCCAAGAACCUGAAGAAGAUGGAUGUGGGUGGCUUAUCAGAUCCAUACGUUAAAAUCCAUCUGAUGCAAAACGGGAAGAGACUGAAGAAAAAGAAGACAACAAUCAAGAAGAACACCCUCAAUCCCUACUACAAUGAGUCCUUCAGCUUUGAAGUGCCGUUCGAACAAAUCCAGAAAGUGCAAAUUGUUGUGACUGUUCUGGACUAUGACAAGAUCGGCAAGAACGAUGCCAUUGGGAAGGUGUUCGUGGGCUUGAACAGCACGGGCACUGAGCUGCGGCACUGGUCAGACAUGCUGGCCAACCCACGGAGACCCAUCGCCCAGUGGCACGUGCUCAAGCCCGAGGAGGAGGUGGACGCCCAGCUCAGCAGCAAGAAAUAGGGGCCAGCUUUUUUUUUUUUUUUUUUGACGCGCGCCUGUGUAGUGAUCAUUACCCAGUAUGUGUAAAUACCUCAGUGGUCUAUGGGUCCUCUCACUCCCAUGUGUUUUUUUUUAACCAUUCCCUGCCCAAGAAAGAAAAAAAAAAAAAAAAAGUCACAUACCCUGUCCCCAACCUCAUAUUCCAGUUUUCAGGUGUAUAGGCCCUUUUUAACACCCCCAUCUUCCCUCCGUGACACCCACCCCCCAAAAGAUAGCUUAUCUGCCCAACACGCGCCCCAUCUUUUAAGCAAUAUGAUCUGUAUAGAUAGCGCAUGACAAAUUAUUUAUUGUACCACACAGUUGUAUAUAUCAGUAUGCAGACAAAAUGAUUUAUAGUUUGUGUGUUUGUAUGUUGUUUAGCGUUUCCUAAUCUAUGUAUAUCUCAAUGUUUUUAAUAAGAUGUUCUAUUUUAAAUUAUGUAAAUGGAGAUAUAGGAGAGCUGAUAUAUUCAGAAUCUAUCUUACUGCAUUCCAGAAAAAGAAGCAAAACACCAAGUUGCAAAAUGCUAGUGGAGGUAAACUCAAAUUGUAAAGGACGGUGUCAGUCUGUUUGUUUACUUACCAAACCAUCAAAGAGAGGGAAAAAAAAGCAUAGAAGGCCAUUAACUAAUAUGGUUCCAUUAAUGAUAUAUUUAUAUGCUGCUCAAUAUAAGCACAUGGUUUCUUAUGACUUUUUAUAGCCGGUUCUCAAGCAGAGGACCUGUGAGAUUUAUCUUGAGAGCUGAUAUUCCGAGAAUUUCAAAGUCAAUGCAAGCCAAUCCGCCUUUCCUUGUUUGAGUCAGUCUUUGCAGUGUGACACAGUUGCGGGUCUUUUUUUAGAUACUUCUUUCCGUGAAUUGUCUUUUUUUUAACAACUGGUCCUCUUGAACUUGUCUGUCUGUCUAUCUGGCUCCCUAAUGUCCUAUCCCCACACAAAGCAGAACCAAGCUGUUACCAUCGUGUCUUCGGAGCUUAACCUUUUUUUAAUUGCUCAAUAGACUUGUUGUUUGCUAUGGUGUAUAUUUUCUAGUCUGAGUUCUAAUUAUGGAGAAAGUUUAUGGCUCCUGCUUUAAUUUUUUAGGAAAAAAGUUCUGACUAUUUUUUGGGGAACUGCAUGAUUUUUUUUAGAAAUAACCUUUGCUAAAUACCAGGUUGGGGGGAGGCUGAGCUUCCUUUGGGGUCUUUGCAGGACCCCCCCUUGCCUUCAAUCGGUACAAAUCAAGAGAAAUUCUUAGGUACUGCCGAGUUUAAAAAAAAAAACAGUGGCUUAUUGGGUUGAGGAGUUCAUCCAUGCCAUAGCUGACAUGGGGGUGAAGCUGACUUGAGUCAAAGCACUGCCAUUUUCAGGGAAGUCACUUUGUUUCUCCGUGCGCACGCGUUUUAGGCGACGUCCGCCGGCUUCCUUUCUCGAGAACAGCCCUCGGUUUUGAUAGUGCCGUUAAUACAUUGUUUCUCAACCAAGUUCUUGAGGACCCACAGAUGGUCCAUAUUUUUGCUCCCUCCCAGAGCAAAAACAUGAACUGUCUGGGGAUCCCCGAGGACUGGGUGGCAAAACAUUACGUUAAUAGCACACGUUACUUCUGUUGCCUUCUCACAGUGACAAAUAGUGUUAGCCAUGCCUCACUGCCGAAUUUGAUUUCUCCCGUGGCUGCCGUUUUUGCACUGGAUAGUAAUGACUGCCGCCUUCACUGCUUGUAAUGCGUGAUGCGUAAUGCGUGACGCACAAGUACCACCAAUGAUCAAGGCGAUGGUCCUAGACACUGCACACCGACCCUGUUGAACGUACACCAAAAAAAGACAACAGAGACGACGGAGUUUCAUUCUACUUGGUUAAUAUUAAAUAUUUUACCUUGUGCCGCUUUGACGUUAAAAUAAAAGCUACAGAGAAGAAAACAUAUGAUAGAAACCGUAGGAGUUAAUGGUCUGCAGAGAUAAUGAGCAUAAUUCCCCAUGUGUCUUUUACUAAAGCUAAAAAACAAUAGGAACAAAUGGGGCAAAAAAGCAACACUGAACUAAAACCGUUUGUCUUAUCUUUGAGGAACCUUCUAUUUGUACUAGGCGCUAGCUUCAGGAGGAGUUUUUUAUGUUUUCAGUGUAAUUAUGUAGUGAAUAGCACUAUUAUAAAGCUACUUGUCAUUCCAUAAGUCUGUGAGGACUGCUUUGUGUAUCACUGUGACCACUGUGCGUGCUUAGAAGUGUAGAUUUCUUAGCAGAUAGCGACCAGUUUCUUCUGUAGUGACGUAUAAAAACUGCCAAUCCCUCUUCUACUGCAUUGCUGAUUGGCCGCACUGGAUCAGCUGUCCAUUAGCCGCGAGCCAAUCAGUAACCACUCGGCUGUAUGUAGGAGCACUGAAGGUGUACACCGGAGUGGGUCCGUUCACACAGCAUCUUGUAGAGCACUGUGCAAUAUUGUACGUCCAUCCCAUAGUGUUGCCUUGGUGGCGUGGCCCAAGGAAGAUAUAUGUUUGGAUAACCUACUUUCCAAGACCUGGUUAGGACACAGCACAUAAUGAGUCAGGGUAGGUUAUAUUAGAGCUCAACAAAUCGUAUCACGUAUCGUUCCAUGAAACAGUCAACUUGAAUGUUUUUUUUUUUUUCUUUCUUUAUUAUUUCCUUGCACAGAGAUCCAGAUUAAAAUGUUUCAGGAAAAUAUCAUUGGUUAACACCAAAACAUGGCACCAAAAAUUGUAUAUACUUUUAUAUUUUUCCCAAUAUACUUAAUAUUGGAAUUAAAAUGGAAAAAGUAUCAAUUACAUCACUUCUGUUAUAGCCCGAGUCUAAUUUAAUACUCAUCAGAUCAUUCCAUUCCUGUUUUAGGGCCCUAUUUUGUUUUUAAAUUAUUGAACUGUUUUAUAGUUUUAAAAUGUGUGCCUGAAUGUAGUGGACUUUGUGUUUUGAGUUUUAUUUUUCCCUCCCUCUCUUUCCAGAGAGAUGAGAUGUAGUGGUCACUUUUUAAAUUGUUGCAAUAAAUAUUAGUUCUUUGUUCGA